GGUCGCUUGCUCCAUACCACCAUGGUCCUCGCUGACUUGGGCAGGAAACUCAAUGCGGCCCUUUCCUCCCUCAACAGGGCCCCCGUCGUCGACGAGAAGGUCCUAGAUGCCCUGCUCAAGGAGGUCUGCGCCGCGCUCCUGGAGUCGGAUGUCAACGUCAAGCUUGUCGCGUCGCUUCGUCAAAAGGUCAAGGCGAAGGUAAAGGCAUCAUUUGAAGGGGGAGCAGAUAAAGGGAAGGAGACGAAUAGAAAGACCGUCGUGCAGAAGGCUAUCUUCGAUGAACUUGUACAGCUAGUGGACCCUGGCGUCGAGCCAUACAAGCCAAAGAAGGGGCAACCCAAUGUUAUCAUGGCUGUCGGUCUGCAGGGUAACGGUAAAACGACAACUUGUACAAAACUUGCCGUCUACUACCAGAAGCGUGGUUUCAAGUCCUGCAUUGUCUGUGCAGAUACGUUCCGUGCGGGCGCGUUCGACCAGACGCGGCAGUCCGCCACCAAAGCCAAGGUCGCAUACUUCGGUUCGUACACGGAGACAGACCCUGUCGCUAUCGCCGCGCAGGGUGUCGCGAAGUUCAAGAAGGAGCGAUUCGAUGUCAUCAUCGUCGACACGUCCGGGAGGCAUAAGCAGGAGAGCGAACUCUUCCAGGAGAUGGUCCAAAUUGGGGAGGCAGUCAAGCCGAACAUGACGGUGCUCGUCUUGGAUGCCAGCAUAGGCCAGGCUGCCGAGGCGCAGGCGCAUGCGUUCAAGGACAGCGCAGACUUUGGUGCAAUCAUUGUCACCAAGAUGGAUGGUCAUGCGAAGGGUGGAGGUGCCAUCUCUGCUGUUGCUGUGACCAAGACUCCCAUUAUCUUCCUCGGUGUCGGCGAGCACUUACACGACCUCGACAAGUUCGCACCGCAACCGUUCAUCUCCAAGCUACUCGGACUCGGCGAUGUACAGGGUCUCAUGGAACACAUGCAGGACAUCGCAAUCCAGAACCCGGACAAGCAGAAGGAGAUGGCGAAGAAGCUGGAGGAGGGCAAGCUCAGCAUCCGGGAUUGGCGCGAACAGAUCCAGAACGUAAUGAACAUGGGCCCCAUCUCCAAGAUCGCAUCCAUGAUCCCCGGUCUCCCGCAAGACAUCAUGCAAGGCUCCGACGAAGAAGGCGCACUACGGAUGAAACGCAUGAUCUACAUCACCGACAGCAUGACCUCGCGCGAGCUCGACUCGGACGGGGCGCCCUUCCUCGAGCACGGCAAGGAUGGAAAGCCCGUCGGGCUUACCUGGCGCGUCACCCGCGUCGCGCGCGGCAGCGGCACGUCCGUGCGCGAGGUCGAGGAGCUGCUCUGCCAGUACCGCAUGAUGGCGAACAUGGCGAAGCAGGCGGGGGGCAAGAACGGCUGGCUCCAGGCCGCGCAGAAGAUCCAGGCCGCAGCAGGCGGGCGGGGGCGCGGCGCGAACGGCAUGCCGACCCCCGCGCAAAUACAGGCGAUGCAGCGCUCAAUGCCCCCGGGCAUGCUCCAGCAGAUGCAGCGCCAGAUGCGCGGUGGCGGUGGUAUGCAGGAGAUGAUGAAGGCGAUGAUGCAGGGACAAGGAGGCGACCAGUUCGACAUGGAGGAGAUGCAGAAAAUGAUGUCGCAAAUGGGUGGUCUCGGUGGCUUGGGAGGCCUGGGCGGUCUGGGCGGUGGUAUGCCAAACAUGGCCGAUAUGUUCAAAAUGAUGGGCAUGGGUGGUGGAACUCCCCGUUAGAUAUCUGUACUUCGCUCAUUUGUACGAAGCAUGUCUGCACACUAGGUACUGUAGCAUAUGGAUUUCCGUUUCCCCUUAUACAGGCUCCGCGUACAGAGAGCCAUGAAUCUUUCCUUUCAACGUCCCCAGGCUUGCCGAUUGCGAAUCGAGCGGAGGGCCUCACACAUCACACAAUAUAUGCAGCAAGUCGAC